GAAGAGACUACAAAAAUUAUCUUACACUUCCCUUCCAUUCAUUUCCAAAUGGCAGCCCUCCAAUUUCAUGGCAUGGAAGCCGAAAUCUCCGCAGCGUUUCUGGUAGAUCGAAUCAUUGACCUUCAUCAAAGCAUCUUGAAGCUUGAAACCUUAAGGCCAUGCAAGAAAGUGAACAACCUCUUCACCAACCUAGUGAACUUAUGCAUUUUGCCUUGUUCAAUAGAUGUCUCCACGUUGCCACCAAAUUUACAAGCCAUUCGUGAGAGCCUCAUAAUUCUCUGUGGCCAAGCUGAAGGCUUACUCGAGUUAGAAUUCUCAACUUUGCUAAGCAAAAUCCCAAAGCCUCUCAACAACCUCACUUUAUUUCCAUAUUACCAAAACUACGUCAAAUUAGCCAACCUUGAAAACAAAAUUCUAAAUGACAAUGGAAUCGUCAAUCCUAAGAAGGUAGCUUUUGUGGGGUCAGGUCCUUUGCCUCUAACUUCAAUUAUUAUGGCCAUGCAACACAUGAAGGGCACAUAUUUUGAUAACUACGACGUAGACAGUGUAGCGAAUGAUGUAGCGAGAAAGAUCGUGGGGUCGGAUGCUGAGCUGGAGGGGAGAAUGAAGUUUUGCUCUAGUGAUAUUGUUGAGGUAAAAGAAGAGCUUGGAGGAUAUGAUUGUGUGUUUUUGGCUGCUCUCGUGGGGAUGAAUAAGGAAGAAAAAGUGAAGAUUGUAAGGCAUUUAAGGAAAUAUAUGAAAGAAGGUGGGAUUUUGUUGGUGAGAAGUGCUCAAGGAGGGAGAGCGUUUUUGUAUCCUGUGGUUAAAGUUGGAGAUUUGGUUGGGUUCGAGAUUCUCUCUAUUUUUCAUCCAACUGAUGAUGUUGUCAAUUCAGUUAUCUUAGCUCGUAAGCAAACUAGCUAGCCUAUAAUUAAAAAAGUGAAUUAUAUCUCAAAAUGUCUUCCUAUUGUGUUUUUUAAAGUUGUUUUUGUUUGAAGGGUUUGUAUUUGUGUGUCGCAUGUUUAUGC